CCCCCGUUCAUCCGAGGCAGUUGUAUCGCCCAUCGCAUCGCAUUGCAUCGCAUCGCAUUGCAUCUUCCAUCGCUUCGCAUCCUAUCCAGCACCUGCCUGAUCCCGCAACCAACAAGCCAUGCGGACCGGACUGUUUGCACUGCUGGGCCUGAUGGCUCUUCUUGGUCUGUGCUCGAUGGCCUCGGCUCUUCCCAAGCCAGCAGCGGCCUCUUCUUCGGGCAAGAACAGCGUCAAGGGCACAAACUCGUCAGCCUUUCGUUUCAUCGACGACUCCGUGACGUUGGGCAACGUCUCGGUGCGAUUCCGCAUCAACGCUCCGAGCCAGGCCGUUGUCCAGGGCUCGCCGUCUUCGGGCAGUGGUCGGCUCGGCGUGCAUGUGUUCCUCCACGGCGACGGCGGCUCGGGUUUCUUCACGUUCCCAAACAAGCAAAGCCAGAGUGACCUUAUCGGAGUUGCUCUGCUCGCACCGAACAACAACCGACGAUGGGGCGGCGGCGGCGGUCUUACCCGGCCCGACGGCCCGCUGCACUCGGCCAUCAUCAACCAGUUCAUCCAGCAGGAGCUGCCCAAGCACAUCAACUUUGAUUCGUCGCGGGUCUUCUUCACCGGCGUCUCUGGCGGCUCGCUUCUGCUCUCGGGGUUCUUCCUGCCUCAGUUUGGAGCCAACUUCAAGAACGCCGGGGCGCUGCUGCUGUGCGGCGGCAUGCCCCCGCAGGUGGCCUUCUCGGAUCAGGGCCAGUUCCUGCAGACCUUCCGGGUUCAUUGGGAGUCGACCCAGAACGACCUCGUUGAGCUGCAGAACUCGAUCCCGGACUGCAUCAAGGCCUAUGAGAAGCAGGCUCGGACGGUCGGCAUCAGCGACAGCGUCAUCAACCAGCAGCUGACGGCCGAUGCCACUUCGGUCGGAGGCCAUUGCGCCUUUGACGGCGUCGGCUUCACUUCCGGCGUGCAGGUGCUCGUCAACAGCCUCGAGCAGGUUCUCCUCGGCAACGGGGUCAUUCCGGCGCUGCACAACUUGAACGUCCGGGUCGGCGUUGUCGGGAACGAAGACCGGCUCUUCAAGAACCCACCUCCCAAGGGCGCCCGCACCCCGCCGCGGCCGAACAGAAAGUCCUCGAACCCGGUCCUGGCGGCCAGGUCGUUUUCCGAUCUGGAUGGCAUUGUGCUGUGAACCAGGCGGCUU